UAUAACAUCACAACCAGUAAUCUACUUCAUCAAUAACAACAGUAUCUCAUUCUAUCAAAAUCCUAACAAAACUCAUUCUACAAGUUCAAGUGAAGCAAUAUGGCCAAUGUUUUCCUAUAUACUACACUUUGCCUCUUCCUCCUAACCACAACGUUUUUCAUUGCCAACUCCGCAAGAAUCCUAGAUGAAUUUGACUCUCAACCACAAGCUAUAGGCAAUCUACCAGGACCUGGCACCGGUGCUGCCGCUGCCACUCCUUCUGGUGUUGGUGCUGGCGCUGGCACUGGUGCUGGCGCUGUCAUUUUUUCUGGUGCUGGCGCUGCCAUUCCUUCGGCUACAGCCAUACCUCAAGCAGGCCCUAUUACCGCUUCGCCAAGUGGCAUAACACCUGCCGCCUCAAACACUAACACAGUGACACCGGGAUCCGGUGAAGUAGAUCCCAAUGCAGACCCUUCAGAAAAUGAACUAGCACCCGCUGAGGAUAUUGCACCAGUCGGAAGUCCUGCCAUUGACGAAACACCAGAAGCUGAAGCGCCACUCCCGGCUUCUCCUAAUGUUGUAACACCGGUGGUGACAGCCAAGCCUGUGGCGAAAGAGCCUACGUUGUCUUUCUACAUGCAUGAUAUCCUCGGCGGAUCACAUCCAUCGGCGCGAGUGGUAGCAGGAAUUGUAGCAAACACUGAUGUAACCGGUUUACCGUUCUCCAAGCUCAACAACAAUCUCUUCCCAAUCACAGGAGGAAUUCCAUUAGUUAACCCGAAACUCAACGGAAUUGUCACGAGCAACAAUCUCCCUAACCUCGUAGGCCUCAACGCCGCACAAUCUUCAACCGUAUUCAAAAACAGUGGCACCAGCAACACUGUCUCCGGCGGAAACAACCAGCCGUUUGUUUCGGCAGGGAACCUACCUGGCGGGUUCACAAUUCAGAAGCUCAUGUUCGGUUCCGCGACAGUGAUUGAUGACCAGUUAACAGAAGAGCAUGAGCUUGAUUCUUCUGUGAUUGGAAGAGCACAAGGGUUUUACUUAGCGAGCUCGUUGGACGGUACUAGUAAGACAAUUGUGCUAACUAUUUUGGUGCAUGGUGAGGAGCAUCAUGAUGGAGUUGAUGACACUAUAAGCCUGUUUGGCAUUCAUAGGACGGCGUCGUUGGAAUCUGAGGUCGCGGUGAUUGGUGGGACAGGGAAGUUUGAGAAUGCUAAAGGAUAUGCGGCAGUUGAGACACUUCUGAAGGAGGAUCAACAUACUACAGAUGGAGCUGACACCAUUCUGCAUUUCAAUAUCUAUCUCACUGAGUAGUGAUUAUUACCUGUGAUUCGGCUUUUGUAUUUGAUGUUUGGUUUGUGUUUGCUUAAAAUUUGUCAAUCCUUUAAAAUUAUAUUCUGCGAGAAAAUUGUGUUGUAAAUUUGUAAUACAAUGUUGCAAAGUCCACAUUUCCUUAUCUUGUGAAUUAUUGUUAUUGAAAUAGUGAUUCAUAAUCAUUUAGCAUUUGUUGGU